GACGAAAAUGCCCUUCCUCAUUCAUAUAAAUUGGCACGGUAGUAGGGUUGGCAAAAUGUCUCACAUCUCUCUCUGUCUCUUAUUUAAUUAACUCCAAAACACAACCAAUAUGGCUCUCUCCGACAAGGUUCAAAAUGUCAUCACCGCUUUGUCAGGGCUUGGCGUGGAUGAGAAAUCACUGAUAGAUCUUGGAAAAUGGGAUGAGGCGGAAAGAACCUCAUUCAGGGAGAAUGCCACCGAUUACUUCCAAAAAGAUGAGGAACGUGACUUGGAGCACUGGCGAGAGGGUGUAGUCAAAGACCUUAAAAGGGAGUCCUUGCGUUUUAAUAAUGCUGUGGUUUGGUGGACCAUGCAUCCCUGGGAACGCGAUGCUCGUCUGGCAGAUAAGGCCUUCAAGAAGAAGUCGUACGGUAUACUGGUUGAGAUCGCAUGCACCAGAUCAUCCAAUGAACUAUUGGGUGCUAGAAAAGCUUACCAUUCUCUCUUUGAACACUCUCUCGAGGAAGAUGUUUAUUCCAAAGUCACGACCACUGAACGUAAGCUAUUGGUUGCACUAGUGAGUGCUUAUAGAUAUGAAGGGGCAAAGGUUACCGAGGCAGAAAAAGAUGCAAAAGCACUUGCUGGUGCCAUUGAAAAGAAGAAGAACCUCGUUGAAGAGGAAGAAGUCUUAAGGAUACUGACCACAAAAAGCAAACCCCAUCUCAUUGAAGUAUAUAAGCAAUACCAUAUUUUAUCACAAGGAAAGAACUUGGAUGAGGAUAUUGGUGAUUUGAUUCUCCAAGAGACAGUACAAUGUCUAUGUGCUCCACAAAAAUAUUUCGCCAGUGUAUUGGUCAAAGCACUACAGAAAGAUGCUGAUAAGAGUGUGAAAAGGGCACUGACUAGAGUAAUUGUUACUCGAGCAGAUAAUAAUAUGAAGGAUAUUAAAGAAGAGUUCAAAAACAAGGGUAGUGAUGAUCUCUCCAGUGCAGUUGAAAAGAACACAAAGGGAAACUACAAGGAUUUCUUACUUGCAUUGAUUGAUAGGGAAAAAUAAUUGUCUGAGGGAGGAGCAACUCAGUUAGAGACUUCGAUUGGUUGUCUCUGGAGAUCUUAAUAAAGUUGGCUUUAUAAGCUAGUGUUUUCUCUGGUUAUGAUUUGAAGAGUUUCAGUUCUUCUGCUUGUAAUUUCUUUUACCAAUAAAAUUAUAAUACAAAUAAUAAGUUAAUUAAUAAAAGUGCCUACUCCUGAAUUGAAUUUAUUAUCGUCA